ACGUGAGGCGAAGCCGGACCUUUGUUUUAUUUAACAAAAACAAGUGUAAUUUUAGUAAUUUAGUAAUUUGUGACUAGUAGUACUAGUACAGGUUUCUGUAAUUUUUGCUGGGGUGGCGCAGUCCGCCUGUCAAAACCGUCAAACUUGAUGGGCUCUCAAAUUGUUUAACUUUUAAUUAAUUUAGUAAAACAGUGUGAUGGCGGGAGCCAAACUCCAGGACGACAUAAACAAUAUCCCCCUGGCUGACGACGACCCGCAAGUGAUAAUAAACGAUGAGCCCGAGCAAAAUUCCAUUUCGGACGGCAAUUCGUCCAGUAUGAUGCAUGGCAGAAGCAUGGAUUCGAUCCAGUCGACGUUCACAAACGGCAGUUCCAGUCCCCAGCACAACAGUCUGGAGCCGGACACAAGUCCGGACGAGCAGGAGGAGAAGGCGCGCCUGAUAUCGCAAGUCUUGGAGCUGCAGAACACCCUCGACGACUUGUCGCAAAGGGUGGAUAGUGUUAAGGAAGAGAAUCUCAAAUUGCGAUCUGAGAACCAAGUCCUGGGCCAAUAUAUUGAAAACUUGAUGUCUGCUUCUAGUGUUUUUCAAUCGACUUCGCCAAAAAUUAAGAAGAAGUGAAUGGGGGCCCAGCUGAUUAUUGCGUUUUAAAUGUUUUGUGACGUUUAGUUGAGGCGACGCACUUGCUUUCAUCAGACCAGCACCAAGCAUUUAAGCUGUGAUUAUUUCCAAUAUGUUACUUUACACACUGAUCAUGAGCAGAUAAGCCGAGGCGUAAUUUUAUUAAUGUUAUAUGUACUGUAUGAUAUACUAUUUAUAAAUUAUUCUAGUUAAUUGCUUAAUUCAUAGUUUUGUCAUAAAUAAAGUGCUGACUUUGA